AUGAGCAACCCUUUAAAGGAGAGAGGGGACCGGAGUCCCGGGGGUUCGCCGAUACAGGAGAAUGCCUCCUCCUCUGCAAGCGACGAUUCGUCCAACGACGGGGAUACGAUCCGGGGCGGCGAUGCCGAUAAUGACGCCGUUUCUAUAGCCAUUGAGGAGGAGGGGGCCUCCACCCCCGUGGGAAUCGGAAACGGAUCUGUGGUCAACCGAUAUCGCCAACUACUGCAAGAUGGAGGGGAGCAGAGUUCAGAUAGUGGAUCGAUAGACAACAUUCCUCGUAGAGUGGGAAGUCCAAUAGGAUCACUCCUCUCGAUUCCAGAUGAUGCUUCAGUCCAGGACUCUAUCCUUUCCUCCCCAAGCAGUAGCGUGCUCCCUUCCGUGGCUUCCCGUCCCGGCCUCGACUCCCCAACACCCUCCUUCCGACCCUUUGACCGACGAUUCCAGUCCCGACUAUCUUCCUCUCUAUACCUCAGCCCGAGCCCGAGUAGCUCGCGGCCGUCUUCUCCCGCGUUCAUGUCCGGCCAUAAACGACACUUUUCAGUAAACUCUCAGUUCCUGUUCGAUGCGGAGGCGGAAACCACUACACCACCGUGGGAGGUGGUUCGGUGGACGAAGCUGAAGAAACUGAGCGGCCAGGUCUUCUCUGAGUCCGGGAAACGGAACUUUGGCUCUCCGACUUGCUUUGCGGUCGCCUCGAUGAUUGUGUUAGGAACUACGAAAGGCAUAAUAUUAAUGUUUGAUUACAGCCAGAAUUUGAAGUUGAUCAUCGGUCCUGGGACUAAAGCACGGCUCGAGAACCGGACAAUGGAUGGCCAUGUGCCCGAUGUCGUGAUCACACAUCUCGGGUUCCUUGGAACAAGGCGCACAGCUAUUGUCUCUGCUGAUGACCGAGGCAUGGCAUUUGCCCACCUAGCAACCCGAGGAACAGGCUCUCUUGGUCGGAUUGUGAGAACGACGAGAAUUCUCGGCCGGUAUCCGAAUGCGCCACCUCCAGCGGGCAAAACAUUGAAGCCCAGCACUGUCCUUGCUUUUGCGUCGCUGCCUCUGGGAAAUGUCGACCGAUCCACCGACACAUUAGGCCUUACCGCCAUGCUCACCCCUUACCUUCUCGUCAUCGUGUCCACGACCCCAGUAGCGCAAACGCAACACAAAUCGGCAAGACCUAAAGAAGUUGCGCACCACAGCGCUAUGAGUGGAUGUCUAGCGUGGUUCCCUGCAGUCAAAUUAAAAGUUCCCGACCCUGUCACCGGGGCCAACAUCUCAAAAGUCAAGCUAGUCUAUUGUUGGUCGAACGUACUGACUGUGCUCGACAUCGAUGAGGUGCCCACAGAUGAUCCCGGCAAGUCGCCAACGCUUAAAUUCCGGGCACGCAGCCGAUGGACGUGCGAGGAGGCUAUUGUCGCAGUUCAGUGGUUAAGCCGCUCGGUCUUAACUGUUCUCACGAUCACACAGAGACUAAUUAUCCUUGAGGAUCGGAGUAUGCGAGUCACUGAUGGCUUCGAUCUAAUCCAUAAACACAUUUACCACGUGGAUCUGUUUUCGGAGCAGUUGCAUGCCUUGGUAGAACAGCUCGACGAGGAAGACCCCACCAUGCACGGCGUCGUGGCAGAUGCGUUCUACAUGAGUGUGAAGGCGUAUAAGAGCCGACUAUUCCUCCUUGGGUUUGACGAUCUCUCUAUCGGAACGCUCUCAAACUGGUCGGACAGGCUCCACGCUCUUAUGGACCAUGGGGAUCAUGUUGCGGCUAUCCAGUUGGCAACGGAUUAUUACACUGGAGAUUCCGACAAGCUUACUGUUGGUCUCCCCGAAGAUGCCACUCUGAGGCAUACCAUGGUGAAGGACAAGGUGGUGGAAGUGAUGAGAACUUCACUACGCCACGUCUUUGGACAGCGUCGCACGGACGCGAACGCUGUUGAUGACGACCGACUACGCGAGCUGACGGAGGCGUGUUUCGUCGCAUGCCAAAGUGUCGACAAUACCGACUUCAUUUUUGACGACAUGUACGAGUGGUACGAGGACGCCGAAGCGGAGGGUAUAUUCCUUGAGGCGCUAGAGCAAUAUAUCCUAGACAGGAGCAUCAGGAUAGUACCGCCAACUGUCAUUAAGGCCAUGGUAGCUCAUUACGUCUCCCAAGGGUGGGAAACGCGAUUGGAAGAAAUGAUCUGCCACAUGGAGACGGCAACUCUAGACUUGGAUCAAAUCACGACGUUGUGCAAGCAGAACAGGCUCUAUGACGCGCUAAUCUAUGUCUGGAACCAGGCGAUGGGCGAUUAUAUUACGCCAUUGAUUGACUUACUUUCCCUCUUGAUUCCACUAAUGGAUGAUGGCAGUGGGGCUCCGUCCGCUGGGGAUUACAUGAAUGACCUGAUAUACGGGACGAACGCACGCAAGAUCUUCCCGUACCUCUCAUAUACUCUCACGAGACGGGUCUACCCUACCGACGAAGUGAUGAGUGACGAAGCAGCCACCAAAGCGAGCGCUGAAUUGUAUUGGUUCUUCUUCUCCGGAAAUACUAUAACUUGGCCCAAGGGGAGCGGACGACCAUUCUUGACUCGGCCAAGCAAUCCGGUUGAGCCAUCCUUCCCCUAUUUGAGGUUAAUUCUCAAGUACGACGCCCCGAGCUUCCUAAGCGCUCUCAACGAGGCAUUCGAGGAUUCAUUCCUUAACGACGCUCCGGAGAAGAAGGAGAAUGGAACUGGUGGGGAUCUUCCCGAGGAGCAGAUCUUUGGUCAGACGGUUGACAGGCAGUACAUCGUGUCCAUUCUCCUGGAAAUCAUGAACCCUGCAGAUUUUGCGCCAGAGGAUACGAUAUAUCUGGACAUGUUUAUUGCGCGCAAUCUACCAAAAUUCCCGCAGUACCUUCUUUUCCCCGGCUCGACGCUUACUCGUGUCCUAACGGGACUCUGCAACUACCCCGGCAAAGACUUGGCCGAGGAUGCUCAGCUCAGCGCAGAGUAUCUACUCUCGGUUCAUCAGCCGCCUGACCUGGAAGCGCUUACUUUGCUCUUUAAGAAAGCUGGGUUCUACCGAAUACUUAAGCGGAUUUACAAGGUCGACAAGCAGUAUGCUAAGCUCGUCCAGACGUACUUUGAGGAUCCGGACGACCGUGAGGAGACGUUUAAGUGUAUAGCAGAUUGUUUGCGGCCGAGGAGCGGCCUCACGGGUCGUCAGGUACAGCAGGUGCUCGAUGUUAUCCGUGAGAAUGCGGUGGAGCUUAUUGAGCUCGACCCGGAGAAGGCGGCAAUAACCUUGGCGUCACAGGAUGCGGCCUUCCAUCGAGAUAUCCUAGAGGCAGCAAAAGAAAUGCCAGACCUCCAAUUCCAUUAUCUCAAGGCACUCUUAGAGCCUGGGACAAGCGCGUCUGAGGCAGUGGCGGCAUCGGACAGGGACCUCAUUGAGCAAUAUGUGCGACUCAUGUGCGCAUUCGAGGAGGACCACGUUGGCGACUACGUCGGUCUUGUGAAACACAAGAAUCUGAGGCUAGACAAGCUGCUGCCUACGAUGGAAGAGACGGGUGCUAUCGAGGGCAUCGUCGCGCUAAUGGCCCACGACGGUAUGGUAGAGGAGGCCAUGCAGAGGCUAACAACGCAUCUCGAUGACAUCGCUGUGGAAAUAGAGAAGGUGCUGGGCCGAAGGGAUGAUGGCGAAGAUCCGGAACACUGCCAGUGGGCCGUGGCGGGAAUGCUCAAAUCAAUGCAGCGAUAUGUGAACUUGGGGAUAUGGCUUUGCCAGACGCACACCGCCAAACAAGUCAACGGUGUCGCGAAGCGGGAGAGGUCGGAGCACGACCAGCUUUCCGCGGACGACGAGCUGUGGCUAGCUCUUAUCGAGGCUACUGUCCGAAUCACUCGCCGGUUAUCGGAGCCCAUUAGCGCCAUGCCCCAGACGGCUUUCGACCGACGGCCUUCCUCCAGGCGAUCUUCUAGACGAGGAUCUCAGAGCACUUUGGGCGGCGAGUCGAGGGACAGCGACGUCUUGACAAGCCUGCUUCGAUCCCUGGUUCAGCUCACUUUCACAGCGCUGUUGACCAACACCGCCAAGCCGGCGUCCCCAACGUCGCCGUUGACCCGCUCCCCCAGAACCCCUUCUUCCCCGGGAAUUAAUCACUCCUUCCUCCGCAUCCUGCGGGCGUUCCUCUCGCGGGCCGCGGAAUCGUCUCCGAGCCUUGCCGAUCUCCGCUCAGUCCUGCAGUCGAUCUUUUCGGCGUACGCGUACGAGCAGUCGAUUCUAGAGCUGUCCAAUCGUCUCCUCGAGGACAGCCUCUUUUCAAGCGUCAAGCGGUCCGUUGAGCUCCGGCAGCGGGGCUGGCGGCCGCGAGGAUCGACUUGCGAGGCGUGCGGCGGUCGGCUCUGGGGACCCGGGGUCGGUAGUCGUAUCGUCGAUGCGUGGGAGGAAAAGAGAGCGGUGGAUGAGGCGCGGAGGGAGAAGAAGAAGCGGGUUGGGGCCGGGUUGGGAGAGGAGCGGGGGAAGGGUAAAGCUGACAUUGUCCCUCUAGGUAAGGGGAAGGCGGCGGCGAUCUCGGGCGAGUCGAGCGGGGGCGGAGGUGCCGUUCCCGGAGAGGGAGUCGGGGCAGAGAGCGAUGGCGAUGAUGAUGCUGCUGUAGUGGCGCGGCGAAGAGAGCCACCGCCGCUUGAUCAAAUAGUGCUGCUGGCGUGCAGACAUAUUUACCACCGGAGAUGUCUGGAUGCGCUUCAGAUCGAGGAUGGGGGCGGGGGUAUUGUAGCUGAGGGACGGCAUAGAGAGUAUCGGUGUCCUAUUGAUGGGUGA